AUGAAAAGAGUGGUUGUUACAGGUUUAGGUAUGUUGACACCCUUUGGUAGAGGUGUACAACAUAAUUGGAGUAGGUUGGUAGAUUCUAGUUGUGCAAUAGCACCGUUAUCGUUCGAGGAGUUUAAAGAUAUACCUUGUAAGGUAGCCGCUCAGAUACCAAGAGGUGAUGAACAUCCAUAUCAAUUCAAUGAUGCUUUAAUUCCACAACAAGUUAGAUCAGGAUGUAGUGAUUUCAUAAAGUAUGCAAUUGUAGCAUCACAAGACGCUUUACAAGAUUCAAAAUUAGAUAUCCUCAAUAAUGUUGAACUACAAGAAAGAACAGGUGUCUAUAUAGGUAGUGGUAUAGGUGCAUUAGGAGAAGUUACAAGUGCAUAUGAUAAGAUAAAAUCACAAGUAAGUGUUGACUUAUUCCAAGUUUGUUUUGCUUACUUUGUACCAAGGAUAUUGAUAAAUGAAGCGUCAGGAAUUGUUAGUAUAUUGAAUAAGAUUAAAGGACCAAAUCUCUCAGUGGUAUCUGCGUGUGCAACUGGCGCUCAUGCUAUUGGAGAGUCAUUCAGGAAGAUAAAGUAUGGUGAAGUGGAUGUUAUGUUGUGUGGAGGUACGGAAGCAUCAAUCAAUGCGUUGUCGAUCAUAGGAUUCUCUCGAAUGAAAGCACUGUCCACCAAGUAUAACGAUCGUCCGCAACAAGCGAGCAGACCGUUCGACGAAGGAAGAGAUGGAUUUGUUAUGGGUGAGGGUGCUGGUAUUCUGGUGCUGGAGGAGCUGGAGCAUGCUUUGGCGCGGUCAGCUCACAUCUAUUGCGAAGUGCUCGGCUAUGGUGCCAGUGGGGACGCGCACCAUAUCUCGGCACCGGAGCCGUCUGGCGAAGGAGCGCGUCGUUCAAUGUCUCAGGCGAUCCGAGAGGCAGCGAUAACCAAUCCACUCGAGCAGAUCGACUAUGUUAACGCUCAUUCCACCUCCACGCCACUUGGCGACGCCAUUGAAUGCAAAGCAGUUAUCGAUCUCUUUGGAAUUGAUAGAAAUAAUUCAAAUAACAAUAGUAGUAGAUUAGCGAUGACUUCAAAUAAAAGUGCAAUUGGUCAUUUGUUGGGUGCUGCCGGUAGUGUUGAAUCGAUAUUCUCCAUACUGGCGCUCAAUAAUAAUCUUAUCCCACCCAAUCUCAAUCUUCAACAACCGACACCACAUGCAGCUGGAUUGCAUUUAGUUGCCAACCAACCACUACAAAAAUCAAUCAAUAUAGUACUGAAGAAUUCAUUUGGAUUUGGUGGAACUAAUGCAACCUUGUUAUUCAAAAAAUUUAACAAUUAA